AUGGCCCCGGAGCCCCCGCGUCCAGCCCUUCCCCGCCGGCCCGAGUUCCCUGCGCGUGGCCCCGUCCCCGCCUCGCCAGCCCCACCGCGGCCCGGCCAGAGAGUCCACGGCCCCGAGAAGGACGCAGCAUCCCCGCCCGCUCCGCUCUCCUUGCCGGACUCGGUGAGCGCGGCCAGGAAGCGCCUCUGCUCCCGCCGCGGGCCCCCGCCGCCUCCUGAGUCUCCAGGUGCGGGACCCGGCGCGCUGCCCGAGAGGGGCGCGCUGGGGGGCCCUGUCGGCCUUGGGGAGCCACUGGUCCGGAACCGAGACUGCGGCGGAGCCGCCGGGAGCGGGACGGGACGCACGGGCUGCGGCCCCGAGGCGGAGCGACUGGCCGCGCCGGCACCUCCCGCGGGCUGGAGGGUCCGAGGCCAUUGGGUCGUGUCCUGCGUCCUCGCGUGGCUCGUGCUGGUGCGCGCCGACCCCACCGCCUCGCCUCGGCCGCCCGGUCUCGGCGUCUCCCCGGGAGCGCGGCCGCUGGGACCAGCUAGAGCCGCGCGCGAGGCGGAGCCGGGCUGGAGUGGGGGGCGUGGGCGCCCCCUGACGGCCGCGUAG